AAGUGAAAUGUGCGAUAUUCUAUUCGAUCACUUCACAACCGGGCUUAUCUGGAAUAGAUCUAGGAAACUUUCUGAUUAAGCAAGUGGUACGAGAACUGCAAGCAGAAUUUGUAUCCAUAGAAGUCUUUUCGACAUUAAGCCCAGUGCCAGGCUUCCGGCAGUGGUUAAUGAAUGCGAUCAACAUUGAAGGCGAAAAGAUGUUGGAAGACGAGGAAUUAACUAAUCUUAAAAAACUGGAGCAACCUGAUCUUGAGCUUGUUAAAAAGAGUAACGAGGCUAGAAUUUUGGGUGAAUUAGUUAAAAGAAAAGGUUGGUUUGACGAUCCUGAACUUGUCAAAGUGUUGAAGCCCAUUUUGAUGAGGCUUUGCGCAAGAGAAAAACACAGACAUGCAGCACUCGAUCCUGUUGCGAACUUCCAUAUUCGCAACGGAGCUUGUGUUUACAGGUUAAAUUGGCUAGGAGACAAAUCAGUGAAAAGAAUCAAGGAAUCGCUUGGGAUAAUGGUGAAUUAUAACUAUAUAUUAAAAGAUAUUGAAGAUAAUAACAAACGAUAUUUAAGUAAUUACACCAUAACCAUUUCCGGAGAAGAUCCCAUACUUUCCAAGGAAGCAAAAAAAUCACCAAAUGUUAGAAUAAUUUACGAGAAUAACAAUUCAAGUCAACCGUAA